AAUGGAUUUCACUUUCAAACACUAGGCACUUUUCCUUUUCCAUUUUGCUUCAAUGGCCCCUGUCCUCCGGAACCCGUCCAAGAAGAAGCUCGGCCGCCCCAAAGUGCGAAAGACAAAGAAGUGUUGGCGUUGUCACAUUACCCUCAGUACACCCUACAAACUGAUCCAACACUUGAAGAGAAAGACAGGGUGCGGCCCAAAAGCCGUUGCCCGUCAAGUUGAAAAACGGAGAGCGGCUAGCCGCUUGUCGACGAAGAUCUACUCAAUUAAAAAAGAGUUGGACAAGGUGGGGUGGGACGAGUAUGAUGAGUUCGAGGUAGACGACGAGGAAACUAAAAACAACGACGAGGACGAAACCAUGGAAGGUGGAGAGCAUGGACAUCGUUAUGUAUGGGUAACGGAUUCCGACAAUCUCAGGCGCUCUAAGGAUCUAGCUACGGUGGAUUGGGAGGAAAUUAUCGACCUCCGCUAG